AGUAGGUUCAUUGUAAUAAGAUAUGAAAAGACAAGUUAACUUGCAUCCCAUUAAAACCAAAGCAGUAUAUAAAUAUUGUUCCGUAUAAACUAUGUAAUUUCUAAUUCUACUGACAUGAGUAUAAAUCUAGAUAAUGACAGUUUGCCGUCCGUGUGAAAGAUGGGUUGGUAUAUAUGUGUAUCCUACAUUUUCACAACCGGUAUAUAAUACUCAGAUAUUUUUUUUUCGUUCCACCCAUGUAUAGCAAAAAUCCUCUCCAGUGUUAACAUUUUGACCCCUUUUUACACAAACACGCAUUUUAUUUUCGUAUAAACCAUGAUAAUACAUUCCAUGAACUUCACGUGCACACUUCGAUUGUUGUUAUGUUAGUAUCUUUCGGCAAAUGAAAUUGGACGUUACAAUUUGUUUUUCUGUGAUACUUUAUAAUAUUAUUUAUGAAUAACUAAACGCUUAAGCUUUACUGCAGAUCAAAAUAAUUGAUUUUAAAAUGUUGGAGAGGAACAAACCCACUUUCUCCUGUCUUUGGGUUGAAUUAUUACAGCUGUCCAAAAAAUAGUCUCCACAUUGAAGGUUAUAUUUUAUGUGACCGAAAGACACUAUCAAAUAUUUAUUUUUUAAUAAAUUAAACCGAAAUUUAAUUUAAAUGUCCUUUUAUCUGUUUAUACAGAUAAGAUAUCUAUUUUUAAAUCCAAACCGGUUAUUUGCCCAUAUUGUAGUUCUACUUUUGUCGGCCUAUUUAUAUAAAUUUAACAUAUCAAAGAAGAAUUAUUACGAAAUAUAUGGUAUAUCAUAAAAACGCUUGAAAGAUGGUUUCAUUCAAUCAAAAAAUGUGUGUCUGCAUUAAUCUUGAUUAUUUUGAAAACAAGGAUAUAUAGUAUAGUCUGAAAUGGAAAAAAGUGAACCACAGUUGAGGGACGACAUCAUACGCUUUUUACGCCUAGCAUGUCUUUUGUUACAUAUAGCUCCACGUGCAGUAAUGAGACAUUUUGACCAUGAAUUUCACCCGGACCAACUUCAAGCAUUUCUUGUACAGAAACAAAGUAGAAUAUCGGAACUUAAACAGAGAAGGUGCAUUACUCAAACACAAUAUGAGUUAUUAUAUCCAGCAGGUGAACUAUCGUCAACGAACUUUGACAUGACUUUAAUGACCUUCUUUUUGAGAAACUUUACGGAUUUAAGUUUUUCCGACAAACUUCCAUCAGACUAUUUGAUAGAUCUUGGAUCUGACAUUUCACGGUUAGGACACUACCGGAAUGUAAUUGUCCACUCAAAAGAUGGAUGUGUUUCAGAAGACGAGUUUCAUACAAUUUGGCACUGUGUUUCACAGGCUAUUGAAAGACUUGCACAAGAACAAUUGUACAAAGGAGAAAUUUCAUCUCUAUUGGUAUCCACCCUGUCCGGUUCUAUUGAUGUGGUCUCAAUUCAACAAGAAGUUAAUCAACACAGGCAAUUGGAUGAAUUGACAGAAAGAGUAAUAAGAUUAGAAACGGAGAAUAUAAAUCGCUCAGAAAUAAGAAGAAAGACAAUGUCGAAUUGGUCAGAAGAAGAUAAAAAAUUUGUUGAAACAAAGAUUUCAGAACUCGUUACUGAAACAAUAACAAAACAUAAAGCAGUCAUCCUAGUAGGACACCCAGGAUGUGGUAAAUCAGCAACUGCUAAGCAUGUGGCGUUAAAGUUACAAACAGAGGAAGGAUACGAAAUUGAAGAAGUAGAUCAGCCUGAUGAUAUUGUCAAAUAUUAUAAUUCAAAAAUUAAGCAAUUAUUUCUGAUAGAAGAUAUAUGUGGAAGAUUUGCAAUUGAUCAGCAAAAAGCUGAUCAAUGGACAGAAAAUGACUCGAAAAUCAAAAAAUUGCUACAACCAAAUAUAAUUAAUAAGUUUCUUAUUACAACAAGAGUUAGUAUAUACAAGAGUGAAUGUUUUCCACAGCUUACAUGUUUAGACAUUCAAGAGUGUAAUUUUGCAGGUACUUCUAAACUUUCAAACGAGGAAAUGAGAUCAAUAGCACUAUCGUAUAUCCCUAGAGACACAGCUGUUGGUAUAGAUGACUCAACAUUUGAUCUAUUUCCGUUUUUUCCUUUAAUGUGUAAGCUUUACUCAAAUAUGACAGAGCAAGAUCCAAAUUUCUUUAAAUAUCCAAUCGAACUUAUACAAAAGGAAGUCAAUGACAUAAAGCAGAGACACGAGUCUUCGUUUCUUGCACUCUGCUUACUGGUUCUUCACAACAAUGCCUUAGAUAAACAGAUUUUCGAGUCGAAUUCAUCAAGUAUCACUGAUUGUGUAGAAAUGAUUAUUCGUGAAACUAAAGUUAAUUGUGAUAUUUCAUUAGUAAAAAUUGAGCAGAGUCUUAAACACAAGCUGCAUCUUUUUGUUUCAGACAAUGGAUCGGAAUAUGUCGCGAUUCAUGAUAAGAUGUUUGACAUCAUAUCCGCUGUAAUGAUUCCAUUAAUGUUUAAGUGUGUAAUUAAAUUUGGUAACAGUUUGUUGUUGUCUAGUCGGAUUCAGUUACGUUCACUUGAGGAAAAACCUAAUGACUUUGUACAGCUUCUACCCACUGAAUUCGAAAGUACCUACUUUGACAGGCUUCAUUUGGAUAUAGAGCACGGGUGUCAUUGGGAUGUAUUUGGUAACAUACAAACACGUUUCAUACAAUACCGACAAUUGUUUUUACGCAAUUUAAGCAAAAUGCAGAUAAAGAUGAACACGUUUGGAAAUGAUGGUUCAACUCCGUUAUUUGUUUCAGCAUAUAAAGGAUAUCAAGAUUUCGUCGAAUAUCUCGUAGAUAAAUUUAGAGAACAAAUUUUCCAAAGAGAUGAACACAAUAGAUCACCUCUAUAUAUAGCUUGCAAACAAGGGCAUGUCGAAGUUGUUAAAUAUUUGUUGCUCUUUGACCAAGAUGUCUAUCAACUUCAAAAUCGUAACUGUACUCCAUUUUAUAUAUCUUGCCAAAUGGGACACGUAGAUAUUGCUAAGCUUUUAUUUCAGCAGGAUCCAAUUAAUCAAAGUGAGAGGAAGAAAUAUAAAAAUAGAAAGAGUGCUGCAUUAAAAAAAGACGAGAUAAAAAAAGGUGCAGACGAUAAUCUUAUCAACAAGCCAAUGGAUGCAGGAAUAACGCCGUUGAUGGCUGCUGCAUAUAAUGGGCAUACAGACGUGGUUACAUUUCUACUAGAUAUUGAUGUUGCUUUUGAUAGCGCAGACCACAAUGAAUCGACCGCCCUUCAUUAUGCCUGUUUAAACAAUCAUGCAGAUAUUGUACUUUUAUUAGUCAGUCAUGGAGCUGAAGUGGAUCCAGUUGAUCAGAAGAAUCAAACACCAUUUUAUAUUUCUUGCUGUUAUGGUCACAUGGAUAUCAUCAAACUAUUACUUUUUGGUAACGAGCCUAUUAAAAGAAGUAUUGGUAGCAAAAAAAGUAUAUCACUAUCAUCAGACAAUCCCUCAGUAUUUGUUCCUUUCAGUCAUCAUAGCCUUCACAUAAACAAAUGUGUUGAUCUAAAUGUAAAGGAUAUAGGGGGUGAUACCGCUUUACACGCUGCAUGCUAUAACGGACACAUUGAAGUAGUGAAAUUAUUGAUUCAAAUAGGGAUGAACGUUAAUGUAGGUAACUGCAAAGGACAAACGCCUCUCCUGAUGGCUUGUGCAAACGGAUUCUUUAAUAUAGCAAAAUUAUUAAUUGAUAAUAAUGCAAAUAUCAAUCAAAGUGAUAAUGAAGAGUUUACACCUUUGUUGUAUGCUUCGAACAGUAAUUUGGAUACAGUCGAAUUAUUGAUUAAACACAACUGUGACAUCAAUGCUAAAAACUGUGAUGAUAGUACCGCUUUACAUAAAGCAUGUAGCAAUGGGCAUGCACAAAUAGUUGAUAUACUUGUAGGUAACGGGGCAAACAUUAACGCAUGUGACAGAGGGGGUAAAACGCCUUUAUUCUAUGCUGCAAGAAAUAAUAAACUUGAUGUUAUAGAACUUCUUUUAAGUCGCGGGGCAAACGUUAAUUAUUGGGAGGAGGGCGGAGUUACUCCUCUUCAGGGUGCUUGUAAAUAUGGGCACAGAGAUGCAGUAGUCAGUCUCUUAAAGUACAAUGCUGAUGUAAAUGCUGCACGUUGUCCACAAUUGAAACCAAUAAUCCUAGCAAAAGAAGGCGGUUACUAUGAUAUUGUAAAAAACCUGGAGGAACAAUUAAAGAAAAUGAAAGUGUAAUUAAUGUGUAUAUGUAACAAUAGUAAUAUUUCACUGAAGAUAAAGAUUUCCUCCUUUAAUUGUACUCCCUUGUGAAACCUCGUUUAAACUAAAUUUUGAACCAUAUGUUAUAUAAUAUUUAAAAUUGACAAACCAUGGAUUACAGAGAACUGCAAAUUUUUACGUUGACAAUAUAUAUCAGCGUUAAAAGAUUUAAUGAAAACAGUAUAAAUGACAACAGAAUUAAAUUGACCAUUGCUAAACAGAAAUACAAAUAAACAAAGAUGAGACUCCAGACACAGUACAAACACCAACACAGAAAUAUGUUGAAUUGGUUGCGUAGAAAUGAUCAAAAACAUUUUUUUUCCGGAAAUUUAAAAGAACACGGAAUAAUAAUGUGAGUCCUUUAACACUAUCGAAAAAUAAAAUAAAAGAAUCAAUUCAAUACAAAAUGUAUUUGAAGAUUUAGACGCCCCGUUCAUUGAGAAUGAACUAAGUCAUGGAAUACGACAACUAAAACGAGAUAAAACUCCUGGGUUUGACAACAUACUAAAUGAAUACCUUAUUACUGGUAAAGCUGUAUUGACACAAGUACUGUGUAAACUUUUUAAUAACAUUUUAAAUACUGGAAAUUUCCCGCAGAUAUGGUACCUGUGUUUGAGAAGGAGUGUGUGGAUGAUCCUAAACACUAUCGUGGAAUAUCGUUGGUUUCACACAUUGGGAGGCUGUUUACUUCAACAUGUUCAAUGAUAAAUACUCGACUGUUGGAAUGGAGCGAUAGAAACAACGUACUUACAGAAGCGCAAUGCGGAUUCCGUCCUGGCCUUGGUACUAUAUAUAUGCUAUCUUUGCCCUUCAGGCACUCACAACAAAGAGUUUUAAAAAAGGGAAACGUUUUAUAGGUUAUAGUAGAGCUUUCGACAGUGUAACACAUUUUAAAUUGUGACAAAAAUUUAUAAGCCAUGAUAUUACAGAGAAGUUAUUUAAUGUAAUUAAAUCAAUGUAUAUGAACUUGAAAUCAUGUGUUAAGUUUAAGUUGAACCGUAAAUUAUCUGAUUGUUUUAAUACACUGCUAGCCUUACUCAAGGGGAUUUUAUCUGUAUUCUUUAUAUGUAAAUGACAAGGAGAUGAAGUUGAUAAAUCAUAAUUGUAAAUCUUAUGAGCUUAAAAUGAUGAAUUUAAAUUUUCUGAUGUAAGCAUAAAAUAUGGUUUUAUUCAGUGAAAAUAUACAAGACUUACAGCAAAUGAUUCAUAGUGUAAAUACUUACUCAAUUUAAAACAAUUUGUAUUUUAAUAAAAAACAAAGAUUGCAAUUUUCAGAAAUUGAGGUUAGCCUAAACAAGAAUAAAGAUGUUUUUGCUAAAACCAUCGGUAUUUGUAAUGAGUUUAAGUAUUUAGGCUUAUUUUUUUUUUUUAUACUGGUAAUUUUGUUAAUAUACAAAAGAGAUUUUCAGAAAAAAUCCGUAUAUAGUAUGUUUCGUAAAAAACAGGAUGAUUUUUAUAUCCAUGAAACAUUAAUGACUUUAUUUAAAACUUAUGAUGCAAGUAUUUUGAACUAUGGCUGUGAACUUUUUGGGUAUCAUUAGGCACCAGAUAUUGAAAGGGUUCAUAUGUAUUUUUCGAAACGUAUACUGAAAGUAAAAUAUAGUUAUUAAAAUGGUAUAUUGUGAACUGAGUAGAAUACAUACGUGUGUAGAGAGAGAAUAUAGAAUGGUAAAAUAUUAGAAACAAUUAUUAUGUUCUGAAAAUUGCAUAUUGAAUAAUUGUUAUGAUGAAAUGUGUAGUAGCUGUAAAAAAACAAAUGAUAAGCAAAACUGGUACAGUAAGGUUAAAGAUAUUUUGGGUAAAUACGGCUUCAACUAUUUUUUGGUUAAGUCAAAAGGUAGAUAAUGAAGAUUUUUUUCUGAGACAAUUAAAAAAUAGAAUGGUUGAUACAUUUGUAUGCGGAGCAAAUGCUUUCUUUGAAGUCUGAAAUAAAUAUCAAUUAUAUAAAUAUAUUUUAUGUAUACAUACUUUAUAAUUUUACUUAGACAAACAAGUGAAUUACAUUUUUAAAUCCAAUAGUUCGUAAAUACCGUAUGUGUGCAAAUAAUUUGAAUAUAGAGACAGGACGAUAUUAUAAUAUUGACGGGAAAGAUAGAUUAUGUCCUGAUUGUAAUGCAAGUUAUAUUGAAGACGAAUUUCAUUUUUAUUGGAAUGUAAUAAAUAUGCUGAGAUUAAGGUAAAUAUAUCAAACAAUAUUACUGGAGACACCCCUCUACUUUUAAAUUAAUAUAAUUGUUAUCUGUACAAAAUAUAAAAAAAAAAAAUAUAAAAACUAAACAAUCUUGGUAAAUACUUAAUUAGCUGGGAAACUAUGCUGCUAACUUUUAACAAUUUUAUUGUCAUACUCUGCGUUAUACUUUACAUUGUAUUGAAUAAGAGUGAUUUAAUGUAGUUAAAUGUACAGUUAACAUUUUAUUAUUAUAUGUCUGUUUAUGUGAUAUGGUGCCUGUAUGAUUAAUUUGUCAAACAUUGUAUAUAUCCUAUAAGCUGUACUUGCUUUUGGAAUUAAGUAUCAUAUAUACGCAAAUUUAAUGUGCUUCAAUUCGAACAGCUGUUUAAAAAUGUAGUGGCGAUUUUAGUCGUGAGUGUGUUUGAAUUAAUUUUUACCGUUUAGUGCUCGUUAAGUGAAAUACAAAAGUGAAGUUAACCUUAGCUUAUACUGUCUGUUCAAAAACUAAAAUUAAGAUGAAUAAAAAGACACUACAAGAUUGUUUGGAAUUAGAAUACUAUAUCUAUCUCGUUAUAUUUUGAUAUGAUGUAUGUUUUUUUUAUUUGUUUUUUUUUUUUUAAUUUGUAGGCGUUUACUGUAAGCUGUUCAAACAAAAGGAACAUGUUACUCGUCGAGUUGGUUUUCUACUUUUUACAAAUAAUGUUUUGAAUAAAAGGAAAGUUGUUAUGUAAA